CCGUGGUAAUUGUUGUGUAUAAUCUUCCGCCGUCCAUGUGUAUGAAGAGACCGUAUAUGUUUUUGACGGAUAUUAUACCGGGUCCGGAGAGUAUUGGGAAAAAUAUUAAUAUAUAUCUUAGACCUCUCAUUGAUGAAUUGAAGACAUUAUGGUAUACCGGAGUGCAAACAUAUGACCAAUCUCUAAAACAAAAUUUUACCAUGAGAGCGGCUCUUAUGUGGACAAUCAGUGAUUUUCCUGCCAUGAGUAUGGUAAGUGGUUGGUCGGGGAAAGGAAAGCUUGCAUGUCCAGUGUGUUUGGGAAGUGUGCAGGGGUUUCAGUUAAAACAUUCUGGGAAAUGUUCUUUUCAUGGCACUAACCGAAUUUUUCUUGAACCUAAUGAUCCAUUGCGUAAGAAGAGUAGCUUGUUUGACCAUUCGGAAAAAAGGUUGUGGCGUGGACGCUUAUCCGGGGAGGAAGUUAAAACUUGGAUUGAUAGCAUAGACUUUCCACCACCCGGAAAGACUAACAAAAAGAAAAGAAGUGAUGGAUAUGGGGUUGAGCAUCAUUGGACUCAUGCCCCGAUGUUCUAUGAUCUCCCUUAUUGGUCUUCACAUAGUUUGCGACAUUCCAUUGAUAUCAUGCAUACCGAAAAAAAUGUGUUUGAGAACAUAUUUUUUACCAUUGUUGGGGGCAAGAAGUCAAAAGAUCACCACAAGGCAAGGUCGGAUUGCAAACACUUCGGUGUGUUGCCUCAUUUGUGGAUUGAUGAAAAUGGCAAAAAACCAAAAGCUCCGUACUCUCUUAGUAGAAAACAACUCAAACUUCUAUGUCAGUGGAUUGAGUCGUUGAAACUUCCAGACGGUUAUGUCUCAAAUAUAUCUCGUUGUUGCAAUGCUAAGGAGUGUAAGUUUUUUGGAUUUAAAUCGCAUGAUUGUCAUAUUUUCCUUCAAAAAUUGUUGCCUCUAUCAAUUCGCGAGCUUCUACCGGGACCAAUUGUGGAUGCCUUGACAAUGAUUUCCAAUUUUUUUCAAGAAUUAUGUUCAUCUGUGAUUACGAGAUCCGACUUGGAUCUAAUGACGAAAUCGGUUAUUAGAGCUUUGUGUUUAUUGGAAACAAUUUUUCCUCAGACUUGGUUUGAUUCGAUGGAGCAUUUGGUAAUACAUUUAGCAGAAGAAAUUAGACUAGCGGGACCCGCUUAUUGGCAUUGGAUGUAUCCAAUUGAACGGUUAUUAGGGAAAUUUAAACAAAAGGUUGGUAAUAAAGCGCGAGUCGAGGGUUCAAUUGCCGAACGUUAUAUGGAAGAGGAGAUUCUUAAUUUUUGUUCCUUCUACUUUGCCACGGACUCAAUUCAUAAUAAAAUACGUCGCAAUGAAGCUCGUUUUGAUGGUGAUGGCUCCGAAAAAUUAGAAGUUUUUGAAUAUCCAAUUGAAUGUCUUGGUAAAGAGGGAAGUCGUUAUUUGACCGAUAAAGAGCGAAAGUUAGCAGAAGAAUAUGUACUUCUAAACUCUCCAGAAAUUCAACCUUAUCUAAGGCGGUUUACAGAUCGUGUUAUGAGUCAACGUCCGGAGACAACACCUCAACAAUUAGAUUGUUACAUAAAGACCCGAUUUAAAGAUUGGUUAUUGAAAAAGGUUGGACGAAAUGAUGUAAACCGACCUCUUCUUCAAUAUUUGUUUGAGGGACCGGCUAUGCGGGUAAUGACAUUUGAGACUUGUAAAGUCAAUGGAUACAAAUUUUGUACGAGAACAUCUUCCGGUUCCGGUGUCAUUGUUAAGGGCACUUCACAUGAUAACAAUAGUGAUUAUUAUGGACAAUUGGAGGAAAUUGUCAAGCUUAUUUAUCGAGGAGGAAAUUAUGUAUAUUUAUUCAAAUGUAUAUGGUUUGAUAGUGUCGGAAAUGGUGUUGUGAUUGAUAAAAAUAGGGUCGUGACCGUGGAUAUUACUUCAAGAUUGAAGUCGGAUGAGAUUUUUAUUUUGGCUAGUCAAGCUUCCCAGGUUUACUAUGCUCCCAGUGUAUUGAAUCCACAUGGCAAAUAUUUUACGGUCGUCAAGUCUAAAAGUCGUCCGAUAAGCGAAUCUAUCAAAAUAUCAAAUGAUAUUGAAGAAGCUUAUCAAGAAGAUAGAUCAAAUGCUACUAGUGCAUUCUCUAUAUUUGUUGAUUUUGCACAAUAUGGUUCCUUACCGUUCGUUCGACAUGAAGAAGAUGAACAAGAAGAAGAAGACAAAGAUGAAGAAGAGGAUGAUGAUGAAGAAGAAGAAGAAGAAGAAGAAGAAGAAGAAGAAGAAGAAGAAGAAGAAGAAGAAGACAAAGAUGAAGAAGAGGAUGAUUAUGAUGAUGGAUUUGAUGAAAUUGAUUAAUAUAAUUGAAUAUUUUAUGAUGUUGUUGAAUUAUUGAUUAUUAAUUUGUUAGUUUCAUGAAAUUAUUGAUUAUUGAUUUGUUAGUUUGUUGGAUGGUUGUUGGUUUUGUCGCAGGUAAAGGCAGAGAAAGGAAACAACAAAACCUUGUUUUUUUUGUUAAAAUACGCAGAAAACCGACCGACUAGUCACAUAACCGACCGCUUUUACCAUUCAAUACGCAGAAAACCGACCGAACUGCUAUAUAACCGACCACGGUUACCAUUCGGUAAAGCAGAAAACCGACCGAUUGCAAAUAUAACCGACCACGGUUACCAUUCGGUAAAGCAGAAAACCGACCGAUUGCAAAUAUAACCGACCGACUUUCCCUAUAUAUUUUUAAAAAAUCCGGUUCGCCUAAUUUUCACGUUACGAAGUCACACAUGUUAAUUAUAAACUUGACUAAGAUGUUUUAAAUUUUUAGACAAUUCAAAAAACAUUUUUAUAUGUACGGAUCCCCUAAACAGAAGACUAAUCAUAUACCAGAAGUCUUAUUUUGAAUUACCUCGUUCACUCUUAAUUAUUCAAAAAUUAGAUGUUUUAUUAUUUAAACGAUCCAACCGUACGGAUGUUAAUAAAAUAAUCUCAUCAACGUUGAGACAAAAUUUCAGAUGAUUUCGAUGAAUCGAAAUACACCUUUAUAACCUUUUUAUUGUGAAAAUAUACAUAAAUAAAAUUUUAAAUUAAGAAAAUAUUUUUAAAAAACCCGGUUCGACUAAAUUUCACGUUACGAAGUCACACAUGUUAAUUAUAAACUUGACUAAGAUGUUUUAAUUUUUUAGACCUUUUAAAAAAUAUUCUUAUAUGUAUGGAUCCCCUAAACAGAAGACUAAUCAUAUACCAGAAGUCUUAUUUUGAAUUAUCUCGUUCACUCUUAAUUAUUCAAAAAUUGAUGUUUUAUUAUUUAAACGAUCCAACCGUACGGAUGUUAAUAAAAUAAUCUCAUCAACGU